UCGUGUCACUGUCAAAUGACCUUUAAACUUUGUUUUGAUUUUUUUUACACAUCGGUUUAAUCACGAUAAAAAAAUAUUUUCACCUUACAAUUACUCAAAAUUAAGUCAAGUGAUUAACUUUCUCAAUUGUGGAAAACUAUGAAAGUUUUAAGGGAGUGGACAAUCGACGCACCAUGGGGAAAAAUAGCAAUGAUGUCAUGGGGGAAUGAAGCAGGCUAUCCAGUGCUGCUGGUACACGGACGGCAGGACAGCGCGGCCACCUUUGAGCCGCUCCUACAGUUCUUGCCUGACUCAUUUCAUUACGUGGCUCUGGACUUGCCUGGCCAUGGUCGCUCCGAACCUUUCCCUACAGGAGUGGCGCCAACGAGGCUGCACUUCGUGGGCGCGGUGCAGGUGGCCGUGUGGCAUCUGCGCUGGAAGCAGUUCAUCUUUGUGGGCCACUCCAUGGGCUGCGAGGGAGGUUUAUUCUUUAAUGCGGUGUAUCCUCACCGUAUAUCGAAGAUGAUUCUGUUGGACCCCGGGCCGGCGCUGGCUCGUCUGCAAGUCCACGAUCCGAGGGAGUACUUCGCAUCCUUCCACCAGAAGUAUUAUGAUAACUAUGACACGUUCGCCGGGAAGAGGAUUUACAGCAAGCGGCGCGCUCUGGAGGCGGUGAUGUCGGCGCGCGGCUUCACGGAGGCGCAGGCGCAGCUCGCGCUGGCCAGGAACAUGGUGCAAGUCGGAGAUGACCUUUAUGAAUUGGCCUGGGACCGCCGGCUCCUAUGCCUCCCACCACCCAACUACCCCCCCUCCUACUACUACCAGCUGUUCUGUACGCCCACACCUACCCUCCUCAUCGCUGCCAAAGACUGGCAGGGUGGCUACUCUAACGGUAAGAAGGAAGCACUGAAAUUAAUCAACGAUUUGGAGAAAACUCUGGAGAAUUUUACUGUGAUAACGGUGGAAGGUGGACAUGAUGUGCAUUUUACUAAUCCGGAACGUUUUUUUAAAGUGCUUUGUGAGUUUUUGGAUAAGAAGUUUGAGAAUAAAUCUAAGCUGUAGAGGAUAGACUACACUUGACUCAGUUAAUGUGUAUUCGAGGGGUGAGCUUUCAAACCCGAUAAGUGUGAAAGUCAGAAUGGCGGGUGUACCUAAAUAAAAAUAAUUGAAAAGCAUAACAUAUUUUUGUACCUAAUUUGUAC